AUGGACGUAAUGAUGGAACCCGUUACGGAAUGGGCCAAGUCUCUUCCGCCGCGUACAGACUUCUUCCCCGUUACCCAGCCUGCGUAUGCGGUGCUGCUAACCGUUUUCCAAUAUUUCAUCAUCGCUCCAAUUUUGCAGUCAUUAACACCUUACUACCCUCAAGGCAAAACCUCGCUGUCGAAAUCCCUUUUCAACCUACCGGGUAGAUACACAUGGUGCAUCAUGGAGAGUGCCGGAGUGGUAAACUUCAUCUAUAUCAUGUCAACCUCUGAACAAGGCAAUGGCUUCUCAGGCCUAUCGACAUGGCAUAAAGUCCUUGCCGUACUUUAUGUUCUCCACUACCUCAAUCGAGCGAUAAUAACACCUCUAUUCCUUGCCCCAAGCAUGUCACCUAUCCAUAUUGAAAUCGCCUUAUUUGCCGUAGGGUUCCACUACAUGGCCUCGAGCACUUUCGCGUUUUGGCUGUUGGGAUAUAAAACCGUCUUGGCGACUGCCGGUACCCCUGAAGCGCCGGGCGUAAUGUACGACGCUACUAUCGCCACCGCUCCCAAAUUAGCUGGAUACAUGACUUACGUGCCCUACCUUGGCCUUGUGGUCUUCCUGGUUGGGAUGUACGGUAACAUUCAGUCUGAGAACACUUUAUUCGAACUCCGCAAGGAGGAGGCGCAUCGAAGACAGAAGAAGCAAGGAGGCGAAGUUGCCGUGAAGGGCAAAUCCAUAUAUGAUAAAGUAUACGUCCUGCCUCCGGCGGAGGGGUAUUUCUCCUCGAUACUCUUUCCCCAUUAUGCGCUGGAGUGGAUUGAAUGGUUGGGUUUUGUGAUUAUUGCGCUUUCAAUCACGACGCUUGACGUGACACCUGUUGUGGGAUCGGCUGCCUCUGUUGUGCCUCUUGCGCCAUUUUAUGCGCCCAUCGUUAAGUUUUUGAUGGGAACAUGCAACUUGCCGCUUCCGUUCCCUGUCUUGUUGACAUGUGUGAAUAUUGUAGCGACCACGGCCGUGCGCGCGCGCUGGGGAAGGACUUGGUAUAUCGAGCGCUUUGGUGAAAAGGCGGUUGGGAAUAGGGGAGCGUUCAUCCCUUAUUGCAAGUGGCUGUGA